AUGGCCUAUCUGCUAGUGUUCUCCAUCUGUUUGGCAUUGCUUUUGGCCUCCAUAUCACUUUAUCGGUAUGGCUGCAUACAACGACAGCAUCCCAUAGUGACGUUUUCCGUACUGACCGCUUGGAGUUUCUCGUUUCUUAUCGUAUUCACGAUUCCGCUGGAUGUCACAUCGACUGUGUACCGUCAAUGUCUCCAGGAGCACAAUAUCACCAGCAAUGGUUCGAACAAUGAUGGGCCCGACGCAAUCUGUCAGCGGCCGUGGGGUAUGGUGGAGGAGGAAGUGUUCCCUAACUUAUGGCGCAUUAUCUACUGGUCAUCACAGUUCCUUACGUGGUUGAUUAUGCCGCUGAUGCAGUCCUACCUGAAGGCGGGUGACUUUACGAUCAAGGGCAAAUUACGAUCGGCACUGGUAGAUAACGCUAUUUACUACGGCACGUAUCUGUUUAUCUGUGGCAUUCUGCUGAUUUAUCUCGCACUGCAACCGGGAAUUUCGCUUGACUGGCAGAAGCUAAAAGCGAUCGCAUCUUCAGCGUCGAACACGUGGGGCUUAUUUUUGCUCGUGCUGUUGCUAGGUUACGCACUGGUCGAAGUGCCGCGCAGUCUCUGGAACAACUCGAAGCCGGGCUUUACGUUGCAAUACGCCUACUUUAAGCUUUCCAAGCUUAGCUCCGAAAAGGCGGAAGCCGAAGAGAACGUAGAUGAUGUGCUGGAAAGCUUGCAGUCCGCUAGCCGAGCGAUUCCACCACGGCACGAGUUGCGACCGGCACUGGAAACCAUCAUACGCAAGGUACCUACCGAGCUGAUGGAACGGGCCAGCCGCAUUAGCCGGGAGGACGGAUCCCCGAUGGCGAUACCGUCCGAAAAGGCACUGGUACGGUUGCACCGUCAGGUGAUCAAGUCGCUGCAAACGCUACAACGCACCGAAGCGCUGUGGAGCGUUCAAGUGAGCAAAGUGCUGCACCUGGAAGAUGUGGCCAAGAAUGCCGUCUCGCUGGAUCAUCGCUUUAAAAGUGAAUUUCCGAAGCACCGGGUGGGAUUUGCGCGGGCCAUGUACAGUCCAACGAUGGACUGGUACUGGGAGUGCGUCGUGAAGGCACCGUUCCUGAAAGCUUUGGCCGUUAUUACCGCCUUCCUCUCGUUCAUGGUUGUCUGGAGUGAGCUUACGUUCUUCAAUCGCAAACCCGUCCUGUCAAUCUUUGCCAACGUGUUGGACGUGGCGAAGGGGAACUACGAUUUCGUCACGAUCGAAAUCUUCUCCAUGCUGACACUGUGCUACCUAUGCUACUGUGCAUAUUCGACCGUUUUUCGCAUUAAAUUCCUGAAUCUCUACUACCUGGCAGCACACCAUCAAACGAACGAGUACAGUCUGAUCUUUAGUGGCAUGCUGUUGUGCCGCUUGACGCCACCGAUGUGUCUCAACUUUCUCGGCAUGAUACACAUGGACUCACACAUCAUCAAGGAACGUGUGCUCGAGACCCACUACACGCAGAUCAUGGGCCACAUGGAUGUGCUGGGGAUAAUUUCGGACGGCUUCAAUAUCUACUUCCCGAUGGUAAUGUUGGCGUUCUGUUUGGCAACCUGGUUCUCGCUCGGUAGCCGUGCACUGAAUGCGCUGGGAUUCCAGCAGUUCAUGCUGAACGAAACCAUUGCUGUUGAGCUUGUCCAGGAGGGAAAGGAUUUAAUUGUGCGUGAGAAACGCAAACGGCAACGGGCGGAAGAUGCAAUAGCGCGAAGGCGUGAUAAUAUUUUGGGUCAAAUCGCUAGAGAUGGAACGGCCGGUAGUGGGGGCCACAGUGGUGCGGGCACCGGCAAUGGUGGCGGUACGAACGGGAAUGGUACUGGGGGCGGUGGCGGCGGUGGUGGUAUACUGUCGAAAUACAAAUCCCGCAAUCUUGACGCCGUUGGACCGAACGACGAUCUGGUCGGGCAUGGUGAUCGUUUGGACUACAGCACUACCGGUACCGGCGCUCGGGGAAUGGACGAUAUUAAUCGUUCCUUAUCGCAGGAAAUUAACGAACGGUUUGGUGUGAGUACGGGCGUUUCCGUAGGCUUUAAGGGAUAUGGUACCACGUACGAGGACGACGAUAGUCGUAUGGGUGGGGCGGGUCGUUCUGGCUCCAAACCGAAAGGACUGUUCGAUGAUCCUCGGAUAAAGAUGAAAUUCAGCAAACACGUUUCGUCGUCGCGGCGCAAGAGCCGCAAGCGCCACUUCCAGGCCCCGUCGCACAUCCGCAGGAAGAUUAUGUCGGCGCCGUUGUCGAAGGAGCUGAAACAAAAGUACAACGUACGUUCCAUGCCGAUUCGCAAGGAUGAUGAGGUGCAGGUAGUGCGCGGUCACUACAAGGGCAAUCAGGUGGGCAAGGUGGUUCAGGUGUACCGUAAGAAGUACGUCGUGUACAUUGAGCGCAUCCAGCGCGAGAAGGCGAACGGCACGAACGUGUACGUCGGUGUGCACCCGUCCAAGUGUGUGGUCGUGAAACUGAAGAUGGACAAGGAUCGCAAGAAGAUCCUGGAUCGCCGUGCGAAGGGCCGUCUGGCAGCGCUCAACAAGGACAAGGGCAAGUACACCGAGGAAACUGCAACUGCCACCGCGAUGGAAACGACAUCUUAAAGUUUACAAAACAAAUUCUGCCGGUUAGCUGUGGUUGGAAAAGCAUGGUGGAUGGUGCGCGGAAGUGAAAUGCAGGAGAAUAAAAAUGAAGGAGAGUGGAGAGAAAGUUAAA